GAUGCUUUUAUAUCAGACCUUCAGCUGAGGCUGGAAGCGAGUGCAACAGAAUGGAUGCACACUGACACGCUGUUUAAGUUAUGAUCGAGAUAACAAGCCAGCAAGGCGUUGUCCUUGCCCUCCUGUCCGUCUCGGCCGUGGGCUUCAUCUGUGCUCUGUGCAUACGCUGUCGAAAGAAAUCGAUGAUUGUACAGGAAAAUAACCAACUCUAUGUUCCACAAGUUUUUCAACGAGAGGGGAGCAGGUUUGCCGUGACGAGGUCAAAAACAGUGAUGAAAACUAACCAGAUAAACCCAAAUCAGUGUGCGAGUUCAGGGGAUUUUGCACAUGCAUCCAACAGCCGGCUUACGUCAGCUAUUCAGGAAGCAGGGGACAGUUACCAGAACAUUCCAAAGUCAAUCAGUGGCAGCAUGGAACCCACUUAUGUAAACCCAAUAGCCACACCGCCUCACAAAAACUCCGCUUUGGAUGACGAUGACGGUGACUAUGCGAAUAUAUUUCGAACACAAGAUGUUGAACACGACUCAGACAGUUAUGACUAUGAAAACACAGAUUUCCUGCAAAACAGCAAAAAUGAUGACGAUGAUGAGCCAGAUUAUGUCAACGCAGACGCACCUAACACAAAUUAAUGCAAACUUCUGCACUGAUGUUCAACAUAUUUCAAUUAUUAUUGAUUAUACAGAUAUUAUACAUAUACAUCAACUUAUAGAACACAACCAAAACAUUGAAAACUAAUGCAAUGUUUCAUAGUUUGUAUGUUGGACUUAUUUAAACUUUUUAGUGAAAUUGUCAAUGUGAUAAUGAGAUGUGUCAGAGUGAAGAGUAAAGAAUUAAUAUAAAUAGUCAUUUUUCAUUUUAUGUAAUUAAAACUUGUAAAAUGUCAGUUUUAAGUGUCACUACAUUGAAAAUAAAAUCUUACUGAGCUGA